AUGAUGACAUUGUUUCUACUGAUGGACGAGCGGGCGGCGAAGCGUGAAGAGAGCCGUAUUGAGCGUCAAGAGAAGUACGAUCGCGAACGAGAAGUGCGGGAGGCGCGCCGCGAAGAAAUGCAUCUUCUUCUCAUGAGUAAGAUGCUAGGACAUAACCAAUAA